AUUUGAUUGUUGUUGUGGGAGGUUGUGUCACUUCAAAUAAAUAUUUUAUUUCGUCAAUAACGCGUUCUCGUGACUUAAAUUGAAAAUAUGCCUGUAGAGCUGGAAUACGAUUAUGAGUCUGUGACGGCAUCGAUGGAUAUAUUUUCUGAGGAUGAUAUAAAUUCACUUAAACAGUGGACUCAAAAUUUAGAUAAAUCGAAAUACGUGCCGAAAGAUUUAACUACUAAACAGUUAGUGUUAUUUUAUAAUGCUUGUUAUGGAGAUUUAGACAGGACAAAAGGGUGUAUAGAGAAAUAUUAUUCGUGUCGAAAGAAUGCUCCGGAAUUUUUUGACAAUCGUCGCAUGAAUUCUCCUGAAAUUCUUCCUAUCAUUGAAGCGCUGGAGUUCUCGUUGCUGCCCGGCAAGUCGUGCGAGGGCUAUGACGUCAUAUAUCACCGCCUGCACCAGACGGAGCCGUCCAAGUAUCACUUCGACAUGGGCGUCAAGCUGUUCUUCAUGACAAUUGACAUGUACCUGAGCAAGAGGGGACCACAGUCGGGCCUGAUUUUCCUAUUCGACAUGAGGGGGGUGAAACUGGGCCAUAUUGCACGCUGUGGAUUAUCAGGGUUCCGUAAGUUCUUCACGUACAUCCAGGAGGCCAUGCCGCUAAACUUCCACCACAAGGACGAAGACAUGGACAAGUUCUUCGCCACAGUCAUACCCAGGUCGGUAGUGCCUUCAGACAACGGCGGCUCAGCACCGGACACCCAGACUUUGCACAAGAAAUGUAUGCACCAUCUCCAGGCAAUGCAAGAAUACUUCGUGGCAGAAGAGGAGCAAAGAAUCGCGGCGUUACCAGAUAAGAAAAGAGACAAGGCUAUGGAGAAGGCUUAUAUGUAUGUUAUGUCAACUAUGAGUUUCGUGGAUAACAACCAAUUCGAAGUGAAACCAAACCCGAAGAGCAAGAGGAAGAUCACAACCCCUUGUCCCAACACUUAUCACAACCCUGGACUAGAUCUUCUAGCGAACGAGGAUCCCAUGUGCAACACAGCCAUGGAGGUGUUACCCGUGAAGAAAAGAAAACGAUCAAAGAGCUGCGAUGUUGCUGCAUUUGAGAAUGUUUGCCUAGACUCAGGCGUAAGCAAGGCGGCAGUCAAUGAGUUCCUGGCUAAAGAACUGGAGAAUGUACGUAAAACGAUGAGACAGUGCGAUACUGUGAUCAUUAAAGAGAUGUCAACAUGCACCCAGAAUUCAUAUAGCUUAACCGCUGACAAAGAAAACAUUAUGCCAGAUAAAGCUUCACCAAUUUAUACUAAUGUAAAUAUUUUCAAAGAUAUAACAGAGAUUACUCUGAAUGAAGAAGAGUCAGUAACCUCAAUAUCUAAUACCCCCCAAUGUAUGGAUAUGAAUAGAUUUGAACCAAAUAUCAGUGCCAUUGAAAUGGAUUCUGGUAUAUCAGUUUUAGAACAAAAAUCCUUUUCAGCAGCAACAAAUAGUCAAAUUAUUAAUGAUGACACUCUUGAUACAUCAAUAAAUGCUGUAAAUUUACAGAAAAAUGUCACAAACCAAGUGAUAAUUAAUAACACUAGUAAUAUAAAUCUCAGCUUUAUUGAUCGUUUAGCAUUAGACUCACCAAACCUUUCUAACCAAUCAUUGUAUUUUGAUGAUGAUUUAAAUGAAAGUAACAUAAUGGAAAUAAAAACAAUUACAAUCAUUACCAAGAAGAAGAAAGUAGUUGACAAAAAAAGGAACACAAAUCCAUUUUUGGACCCCAAUUUGGAUGAUAACUAUUCCGAUAAUAUAGAGAAUCCAUUUCUCAAUGUGAAUGAAACUAAACCUGAGUUAGAAUAUAAUGAUGUAGCAAUGGCUCGACAGAUUGAAAACAAUAUACCUCAUGGAAGUAAUAUAAUGCCUCGUAGAUUAUUUACUGGUGACACAAACAGUACCAUAUCAACAGUUAACGAAUCUAUGAACAAUGACCACCAUGACUACGAAAAUAUUGACAAUUACAGGAGUGAAAGCCCUAUCUAUGAAAAUGUAAGUGAAGAGAUGAUUGAAGCAUACAACAAACAAAGCAAAAUCCUGGGGUGUGACGUUUCAAGAUUCAGUGCAAUCGACAUUAUGAAUCUUAACAAGCAAAUUGAGGCAGACACUUCUAAUGAAUCCAACAAUGCAAAGAAAGAUUUCAAGCACCAAAUACUCAAAGCCAGUAAUAAGUUAUCCAAGAAAGUGUUUAAGACACUAAAGAGAACAUUCAAACAUGAUAAAGUAGACCACAAUGUUACUUUGAAUCCUUAUGAAGUACCGAGGAAACCACCCAAACAAAAAUCAGUUCCUAAAGACUCGGGCAUAGAAAACCCAGCCCUUAACUUAGACAAUUCUGAUGAAAUUGAGAUAGAAGAAAUAGAUGAUGAGGAACAUCAGUAUGAAACAGUGAAAACUAUCAGGAAUACACAGCUGAACAUGAAUGUGACACCUUUGAGGGAGAGAGCACUUGACAAUGACAUAUCUCAAAGCAAACCUAACACACCAGGGAAGAAGGUCCGGUUUGAUUCAACACUUAACCAAGAGAAAGUCAUAACUGGAAAUAGUUUUGAUUAUGGCAUACAAAGUCCUGGGUUCGAUGCUAAAAUUGAUAAAUACCAUGAUGAAUUAGAGAAUUGUAUCAAUGAGAGGAAAUUUAUUCAGCAAAACAUGUGAUUUGUGAUACACUUAACCAAAAUAAGCGGUAAAGAUGUCCAUUGACAAAUUAAAUCAUGGAAAAUACGAUUGUGAAAUAGUGUUUUUUUAGAAAUACAUAUUGAAAGUUCAUGAGAUAUAGGGGCCAUGAAGUUCGACUUUAGCAAAAAAAUGUACACCUUAUGGUACUUGAAUUUACAGUAUUUUUCAACAUUUAUAAAAUAUUUCUUCUUACAGUAAUGAGUAUUUGCAGAGA